UGUUUAUGAUCUCUGCAACAAUAUACAAAGGACUGCACUGCACUAUCUCUCUCUUUGUGUUUAUUUGCUUUCAUAGUGAACAGCCAAAAAGCUAAGAACCCUCUUCUGCCUUUGUGAAAACGUAAAGUUUUAUCAAGAAGAACCACAUGGACUUGAUUCUUCUCAUCAAGAAGAUUGGCCUUCUUUUCCUCCUCGUUUCUGCUGCUCUUUUCUCGACUUCUUUUGCAGGCCGAGUGCCUAAAUCCGUGGAGUCGAACAGAGUGAGUAUUACUGAGAGCGAGGAAAUAGGAUCAUGGGAUCCAUUACCCCACGACGAAGUGAGUGAGAUUCAUGAAAGACUGCUUAAAGUGAAAACAAACGAUUAUGGAAGAUAUGAUCCUGCGCCUGCACUCGUCAAGCCUCCUUUCAAACUUAUUCCCAACUGAAGUCGUCAUAGCUAUUACAUAUGGAUCGUCAGCUUGAGGAGUACCGUAUACAUAGUGUUAUAUAUAUAUUUAUAUAUAUGAAUAAGAAUAAUGUAUGUGAGGAAAAAUGUUGUAAUCAUUUUUCCGUAGUAUAUGUCUAUGCAUGAAUAGGAAUCAAUAUGGUUAGUCUUUGUAUAAUAGAGUAUGUUUUAUAUGUAAGAUAUGAGCCGCGGCCGGUACGUUUGUAGUAACUAUAUAUGAAUAUGUAUUCUGCUAAUGUUAUAUUUUGGGGAAGUUAAGUUUCAA